CGGUAAUGUAGGUCUCCCAACAAUAACAAUCACUUUGACAGUACCGCUUGUAGUGAAUGUGUGAUUCAGUGUCCUAAUUUUCGUAAAAAUACCCAAAUCUAUUGAAAAUAUCGCUACAAAAACGUCCCAUACCUAAUUUUCGAAUUAGGUGACAGUUUUACGACACCCAGUGCAGUGCCCGAGCAGAUUAAUAAAAGCGUUUGGAAUGGCGGCGUUAAAAUCGAAAAAUGCUGCUUUCGAAGAUUUAUCGAAUGUGGAAUUCGAAACUAGCGAAGAUGUCGAUGUUAUUGACAAAUUCAAACACAUGAAUUUAAAGGAGGAACUCGUCAGAGGAAUUUUCGCAUAUGGCUUUGAGAAGCCUUCAGCUAUCCAACAAAGAGCCAUAAAGCCCAUAAUGAAGGGCAGAGAUGUUAUAGCACAGGCUCAAUCUGGUACAGGUAAAACAGCCACAUUCUCCAUUGCGAUUUUGCAACAUUUAGACUUGACGAUGCGCGAAACGCAAGUGAUGUGUUUAUCGCCUACAAGAGAACUUGCUGUGCAAAUCCAGAAGGUUAUUUUGGCCCUGGGCGAUUUUAUGAACGUGCAAUGUCACGCCUGCAUCGGUGGUACGAAUUUAGGGGAGGAUAUUCGCAAGUUGGAUUACGGACAACAUGUUGUCAGCGGAACGCCCGGUAGGGUGUAUGAUAUGAUACGUAGAAGGGCUCUACGUACGAGAUCCGUGAGGAUGUUGGUUCUCGAUGAAGCCGACGAGAUGUUAAAUAAGGGUUUCAAGGAGCAAAUUUACGAUGUUUAUAGAUUUUUGCCGCCAUCCACUCAAGUGGUGCUUAUUUCCGCUACUUUGCCUCACGAGAUUUUGGAAAUUACCUCAAAAUUCAUGACAGAUCCUAUUCGUAUCUUAGUUAAACGUGAUGAGUUGACUUUGGAGGGCAUAAAACAAUUUUUCGUCGCGGUUGAACGCGAAGAGUGGAAGUUCGAUACUCUUUGCGACUUGUACGACACUCUAACGAUCACCCAAGCGGUCAUCUUCUGCAACACCAAGCGGAAGGUGGACUGGCUGACGGAAAAGAUGCGCGAAAGCAAUUUUACGGUGAGCUCCAUGCACGGCGACAUGCCUCAAAAGGAGAGGGACAACAUAAUGAAGGAGUUUCGGUCGGGGCAGAGCCGAGUUCUCAUCACCACCGACGUCUGGGCGCGGGGCAUAGACGUGCAACAGGUGUCGCUGGUGAUCAACUACGAUCUUCCCAACAACCGCGAGCUGUACAUCCACAGGAUUGGUAGGUCGGGUAGGUUCGGGCGUAAAGGUGUGGCGAUAAACUUCGUUAAGUCCGACGACAUCAGGAUUUUGCGGGACAUCGAGCAGUAUUACUCGACGCAGAUUGAUGAGAUGCCCAUGAACGUGGCCGAUUUGAUUUAAGUAGGCUUCGCUAGUUGUAAUUUAUUUUUUUAUCCAUGGAUGCAGUUUAUUUGACGUUUGAUUUUCUGUUUGAUGCUUGAAUAGUACAGUCAUCAAAACAGGAUUUAUUUAGGAUUUUUAGGUCUCACACAUAACAAAGAUGUAUUACUUUUGUAAAUAAAAUCUUUUUACUAA